AUGGGAGAAAAAGACGAGAUCACCGCUGUUCAAGCGGCCCCGGAUCUGCAACCCACCACCAGCGGCAGCGAUGGAUCCGAAAAGCGAGGUUUUCAGAACAUCAAGGAGGAGAACAUUCUGCAAGAGCGGACAAUCGGGCUCUUCGGCGCAGUGUCGCUCAUUGUAAAUAAAAUUGUUGGCGCUGGUAUCUUCUCAACUCCAUCUGGGAUCUUGAAGACAUCCGGAAGCGUUGGAAUGGCCUUGAUGUGCUGGAUCAUAGGAGCUGUCAUCGCAACUUCUGGAGCGUUUGUGAUGCUCGACUUUGGCACCGCCAUUCCCCGGUCUGGAGGUCUUAAGAAUUAUCUUGAGAGAGCAUUCCACCCUCGGUUGCUGCAAACAUGCAUCUACGCCUUCUACUGUGUCUUCCUCCAGGUAUCGGCCAGUAAUGCGAUCACAUUCGCUUCUUAUAAUCUUGUCGCUGCCGGAAGUGAAGAGACGACAUGGAAGCUCCGUGGAAUCUCAAUUGCGGGCGCGGCCUUCUCUGUCGGGAUUCAUAUUGUUGCCCCCAAGUACGGGAGAUGGCUACAGGAUUUGCUCUCCGCAGUCAAGCUUUUCACCCUCCUCUUCAUCUGCUGCUGCGGAUUUGCAGCUUUGGCUGGGCAUCUCAAGAUUGAAAAGCCCAAUAACUUCACCAACGCAUUCGAAGGCACAUCUAACAGUGGCUAUAACAUCGGAACGUCGAUUUUAAAUGUUAUUUUCUCGUACAGUGGCUAUGAUAACCUCAACACGGUCUUGUCAGAAGUCAAGAAUCCAGAGAAAACCCUGAAGAGAGCGCUGCCAUUGUCCAUGAUUUCUCUCACUAUUCUGUACAUGUUGGCCAAUGUUGCAUAUUUCGCUGGGGUCCCACGAGACGAGUUUAUCGCAGCAAAAGUCACUGUCGCAGCCAGCCUUUUCAGGAACCUUUUCGGCGAGUCCGCAGCAAGCAAGGCCAUGCCGGCAUUAGUGGCUCUCUCCGCUCUUGGACAUUUACUUGGAAUCGCUUUCACGAUCCCACGAGUUAUUCAAGAAUUAGCAAAGGACGGGAUCUUGCCAUUCUCUAACAUGUUCAUGCAGAACAAACCCUUCAGAACUCCGAUCUGGGCUCUUCUUCACUUGGGCGUUACGAUCAUCUUCAUCUGUGCUCCUCCCGCCGGUGACGCGUUUUCGUUCAUCGUAAGCUUGUCAACCUACCCAGGCGUGGUAAUCUUGACAGCCAUUACGGUUGGCUUAGUGAAGCUUCGCCUGUCUCCGAAGGAGAACUUCGUAUCUCCUCAACGAGCGCCAUGGGCUGUUGUCAUCGUGUACUUGGCAGCGAACACAUUUCUGUUGGUCAUGCCCUUUGUUCGGCCGCCUAAUGGAAAGGGUAACACUUACCUGCCGUAUUGGCUAUCUUCUGUCGUCCCCCUUGGUAUUCUAUCACUAGGGAUUAUCUACUAUCUUCUCCGAUGGGUGAUUUUCCCCAAGGUAUUCCGUUACCGGAUUGAAGAGGUUCAGGUGGAGCUCAGCGAUGGAUCAAAGAUCACCAGAUUCAAGAGAGUCUAA